AUGGGAGAAACUGAGAAAAAAAUUGAAACCCGUAAAACAAGAUGUCUUUCCAAGAUGAAGAUAUUUCUGUUGGCCUUAACAUGUGCAUUUGUAUCCAAAGUACUAUCUGGAGCUUAUACGAACUCCAUGCUCACACAAAUAGAGAGACAAUUCAACCUCCCAACAUCUCUAGUUGGAUUCAUUAAUGGGAGCUUUGAGAUUGGAAAUCUUGUGUUGAUUAUAUUUGUGAGUUAUUUUGGAACCAAGCUGCAUAGACCUGUAAUAAUUGGUGUCGGAUGUGUGGUUAUGGGCUUAGGGUGUUUCUUACAAGCCUUACCUCAUUUCCUCAUGAACCGAUACGAAUAUGAAUCUACAGUUUCAAUUUCAGGCAACUUGUCCUCAAACAAUUUCUUGUGUAUGGAAAAUGGAACACAAAUUAUAAGACCAACGCAGGAUCCAUCAGAGUGUGUGAAGGAGGUUAAGUCCUUAAUGUGGGUGUGUGUACUAAUAGGAAAUACUAUACGUGGGAUGGGUGAAACUCCCAUCAUGCCUUUGGGUAUUUCCUACAUAGAAGAUUUUGCCAAAUCUGAAAACUCUCCCUUAUAUAUUGGGGUUAUAAAAACAGGAGCUAUCAUUGGUCUUUUGGUUGGACUUUUGUUAGGGUCAUUCUGUGCAAACAUUUAUGUGGACACUGGAUUUGUGAACACAGAUGAACUGACCAUAACUCCCUCUGAUACUCGUUGGGUUGGUGCAUGGUGGUUUGGCUUUUUGAUUUGUGCAGGAGUGAAUGUGCUCACUGCCGUUCCUUUUUUCUUUUUGCCCAAAACACUUCCAAAGGAAGGACUAGAGGAUGAUGCUGACAUCACUAAAAAUGAUAAGGAAGAGAAACAAAGAGAAGAAGCCAAGAAGGAAAAAGAUGGACUCACUAAAGAUUUUUUACCAUUCAUGAAAAGUCUUUCAUGCAAUUCAAUAUACAUGCUUUUCAUAAUUCUAAGUGUGGUACAGGUCAACGCAUUUGCUAGUUCGUUCUCCUUCCUGCCUAAAUAUCUGGAACAGCAAUAUGGAAAAUCAGCUUCGGAUGCAGUCUUUCUAGUUGGUAUUUAUAACAUACCUCCAAUAUGCGUUGGAUAUAUUGUUGGUGGUUUAAUUAUGAAAAAGUUCAAGAUUACUGUCAAACAAGCUGCCCACAUAGGAUUUUGGUUAUCCUUAAGUCAUUAUCUUCUCCAUUUUUUGUGUUUUCUCAUGAUCUGUGACAAUUCUUCAGUUGCUGGCAUAACUAUCUCUUAUGAAGGAAUUCAACAAGGUGUAUACACGGGAAAUAACAUCCUUGCUGACUGCAAUACAGCUUGCAGCUGUCCAACUAAAACAUGGGACCCUGUGUGUGGAGACAACGGUUUGUCGUAUAUGUCAGCUUGUCUUGCAGGUUGUAAGACAUCCGUUGGAACAGGAAUAAAUAUGGUGUUCCAUAACUGUAGCUGCAUUCAAGCAGCGGGACAUUCAUCUGCAGUUCUUGGGCUGUGUGGCAAAGGACAUGACUGUUCCAUGAUGCUCCAGUACUUUCUAAUCUUGAUGUCAGUUAACAGUUUCAUUUAUUCUUUAGCUGCCAUACCUGGAUUUAUGGUUCUCCUGAGGUGUAUCAAGCCUGAAGAGAAGUCCCUUGGUGUGGGAUUACAUGCCUUUUGCAUGAGAAUAUUGGGUAAAACAGUUAUUUUUCCCAACAUCACAUUAGACCAAUACAUCUACCUUGGAUUGCCAGCAGCACUCAGAGGAUCAAGCUUUAUUCCAGCCCUAGUGAUCCUAAUUCUUUUGAGGAAGCAUCAUCUACCUGGUGAAAAUGCCUCUUCAGAAACUGAGUUUGCAGAGACAAAGGUUACAGGGAAGGAAAAUGAGUGCAAAGAUAUACAUCAGAAUUCCAAGCUUUUGAAUGAUGGUGAAUUGAAAAUUAAACUGUGACGUCUAUUACAUGGUCCUUUCCGGAGGUGGAGAACACACUAUAUGACUUAAUUGUUUUAAAAAUCAGUAGAGGUACUGCAGGUAACUUUUUUCUUAUCUUUUAGAACUUCAAAAAUGUAUUUUUUUUACUGAAAGUAAAAAUGUUCACUGAUGGAAUCAAUAGCACUCAUGAUUUUCCCAGGAGGGACGUUUAUAACAACUCUCUAACUAAGAUGUUAGAGCCAGCUUUAUUAUUAUGUUAAAACAGCAAUUUCUUUUUUAACUCAUGUAAAAUAAGGGUGUAUUUCCCACAUCUCUUUUUCCAAAUAGUUCUAAAAUUUUCCUGUCGAGAAAGCCUACUUAAUUCCACUGAACUUGUGCUUUGAUACUGGCAUCAUUCAGAGCCUGAAAUUGUCAUUCUGCUUAUGGGAACAUUGACAUAUUUUAUUCAUAUUUAUCACUCUUAUGUGAAAGAAGCCCACAUUUUAUUCUAUUUAGAAAUUGUUAUUUAACUCCUCCUAUUCAUCCCAGACAUGACUAUUUUAAAAUCGAUUACUCAUUCAUAUGUCAUCUCUUGCUUUCAAUUCUUUCUCUCCUUUAUUACUCAGGUCAUAUAUUUGCUCAUUUUGUUCAGAGUACUGACAAAUUGAAUCGGCUUAUUAAUCAUGUAGCAAAGAUUGUUGGAUUUUUUUUUUCUCCAGCAAUUCAAUUUUGGCUAAUAAACUCUUUCUUGAAAACAA